AUUUUGUUGGUUGAACCUUCCCCUGUUAGUGUUGACUGGAAAGAAAGAAGAAAAAGGAAAAUAAAAGAAUGGGUGUGCAGACGAUUGAUUUGUUGAAGGAGGAGCUUCCGGUGCACCAAGAAUCUCUGCAUCUCACCGGUGACACCAAGACCGGCCUUGUCCUCGUCGACGUCGUUAAUGGCUUCUGCACCGUCGGUGCUGGCAAUUUGGCACCAAGACAGCCUGAUAAGCAAAUCUCUGAAAUGGUGGAUGAAUCAGUGAGACUUGCCAGAGUUUUCUGUGACAGAAAAUGGCCUGUCUACGCGUUCCUUGAUUCCCAUCACCCUGACAUUCCUGAGCACCCUUACCCUCCUCAUUGUAUUGUUGGAACUGAAGAAUCAGAGCUAGUCCCAGCUCUGAAAUGGUUGGAGAAUGAAGGAAAUGUGACCCUUCGGCGUAAAGAUUGCAUUGAUGGAUUUCUUGGUUCAGUUGAGGAAGAUGGCUCUAAUGUGUUUAUCAAUUGGGUUCAGAGUAAUCAGAUCAAAGCUAUCUUGGUCGUAGGAAUAUGCACGGAUAUAUGUGUGCUAGAUUUUGUAUGUACCACUUUGUCUGCUAGAAAUCGUCGUCUCCUUGUCCCUCUGGAGGAUGUGAUUGUGUAUUCCCGUGGUUGUGCCACUUUUGAUGUUCCAGUUGAUGUUGCCAAAACUGCCAAAGAUGUUAUAGCUCAUCCCCAGGUACCUCCAAUCAAAUCUUUUUAUCGUUAGUAGUUGUCUUGUUCUGAUUUUUUUUCCUUUUC